UUUUACAGGUUGGAUUUGGGGGCCCUUUCACAAAAGCCAGCCAAUGAUCCCCUAGAAUCAGCUUACAUAUCACAGUACAACCAACAGGCCACAGAAAGUAUAAAAAAUUCUAUAGGCAUUGGAUCAUCCCCGCGACAGAAUCUGACUAAUCAGCUUGGUGGCUCAGCUUUGACCAAUCACAUGCAGUCUGGAUCCUUGUCAAGUCAGUUGCCGUCAUCAUCGCUAUCCAAUCAGCUUUCGGUUUCGCAACAGUCCUCGUCUAAUGCCAUUAAUGCAUUGGUGUCCUCGUUUGGUCAGAAUCAAACCUCUUACAGUCAGAGCUCUUCAGGAUUCAGCCAGAGUGUGUCGGCCUACAGUCAAAGUCCGCCUGGGUACAGUCAGACUACCUCAGGGUUCAGCCAAGGUCAGUCGACAUACAGUCAGAGUCCGUCGUCUGUUUACAGCCAGAAUCAGUCUUCGGCUUACAGUCAGAGUCAGCCAUCCGGCUUUAGCCAGAACACUGGGUCUGUAUACAGCUCGAGCCUGGAACAAAACAGUGGUGGACAGGUGGAUUCCGUGCCCUCUUCUCAGUCGGGUUUACAACAGCGACCAAAGUCCCAAAGAACAAAACUACCACCACCAUCCAAGAUUCCAGCCUCUGCAGUAGAAAUGCCUGGACACAUGACGAAAAGGUUAGAUGUCCAGUUUGGAACUUGGGAAUUCGGAUCUGAUAAUUCAUCACCUUUUAGUUUUGGUGGAGAACCAUCUGUUACAAGCAAUUUGACAAGUUCUGGUGCUAGCAGUACAACUCCAACGAUAAGUGGUCACUUGCCCCCUCAGCAGGUGAGUAGUAAACCAAAUGAGUCUGUGAUCUCCUCCUCCAUAAUGACCACGCCUCCCGCUAAUAGUACCUCAGCUAUGUCGGGCGGUGACCAGACCUCUCCCAGGACCAACAUUUUCCAGGCCUCCCCCUACACCACUCCUACCAAGAAGGACUCUGCAUCACGCAAUCAGAGCAAG